AUGAGCCUCGGGUUUUCGGUCGGUGACUUCAUCGCGGUGGGGAAGCUGGCCUGGAAAGUCUAUAAAUCAUGCAAGGGAGCAGGGGGGGCAUUUGAAGAGAUUUCACACGAAGUCAUUGCGUUGCAUACCGUUCUCAAAGAACUCGAAGACGAAGUCGAUAACCCGGACUCUGUAUUCAACCGAACGGGAGCAGUGAAGAGGCAGGAGCUGGGCCUGCUAGGGGAGAACUGCCAAAGUGUAUUACUAUCGCUGAACAAACUCCUCAUCAAGCACGGAUCCCUCGGGACGGACUCCAAACGGACAUGGGAUAGGAUUAAAUUUGCUGCGGGAAACUUGCAGGAUAUAAGGAAUGAUUUGAUGGUACACAAAUCGUAUCUUACACUAUAUCUGACAACUCUGAAUACGGGAUCUUUGGGGAGGAUCGAAAAGAAAUUGGACGAGCUGAUUGCCGACGUGCGAGCCGGGCGGAGAGCAGAGACAGUCCUUACCCUAGCGGAAGAUGACAAUGAGUCGGAGGUACAAUGGAAUCUGUGGAAGAAAGAAUUGGCAGAAGAAGGAUUUUCGAAGGUUGAAAUCGAGGGGCAUAAAGACUGGAUCAAGGCGGCGUUGUUGCAGCGAAUUCAAAACGGAAAACAACCGCCGGCUACUACAAGCGAUCUACGAAUUGCCUCCCAAGGAGAGUUCUCUUCACCAUAUAGUGGUGGCACAUCCCCCUUAUCCGGAAGGCGUCGUCAAAUCUUAGCUUCUCAGCCAGCCGCCGGAGAUCUUCAUGGCCAAUAUGCUAGGAAAUCAUUCGACCUUGCUGAAGAGCCAUAUGAUUCUGAUAACUCCUGCUUACCAACCGACUCUAUCUCCCAGGUCAACGCGCUACUCAGUGCGAGACCUAAACAACUCCCCUCUUUGAGAGGCGAUGAGGGAGAUGUCUUCCUGCAGGGAACAGAACAUAUGGAUGACAUAGGUGACUCUAGUCAUUUGGCUGAAAUCGCCAGUCUGGGGGAACGCGCUCAGUCGUCUUGGCCGCAAACACACCAAUCGCCUGCUCAUUCUCGAUCGGCUGGUUAUGUAUUCGAGGGAGGAUGUUUCGGCGGUUUGCAAGAUGGUCAAAGAAUCAGACAAUCGACAACUAGCCAGCCCAUCGGGGCUAGCCCCCAGCCAGAUUUAGGUUUACGAAAUCUAGACAGGACAAACUCUACUGCCGGAGCCCUUUGGCCAUCUCCAUUGCAACUAUCUCGUCAAGAGGCUAUCACUGAUGCAUCUCCUUCUUUGCAAGAUCCGAUCGUCGGCGCAGCAGUCGCAGUGCAAGAACCACCUACAGUUCUUCAUCAAGGCUUUGACAUUACCUCAGUCUCAGUUCCCAAUUUCCCAACAUCACCGGGAAGCCAAAUGGGCCCGUCCAAUGAUAAUUUGGAGUUAACCUCACCAUAUUCCUCCCCACAAUCCCCACGCAAUGCAUUUCAACGUUUAUCCAUCAAUACAAACGGUGAUUUGGAAUCUACAUCAGCCUCUACAACUCGUUUCAGCCAACUCAGUUCCAGAAGCCGGACAACAAUAUCAAGUGGUAGUAGUGAUACACUACUCCGCACAGGCUCUACAGCAAAGCGAGCGGCCGCAAAUCAUGAAUUCAUUCAAGCAGCUAUUUCGGCAGAGAAAGACGACUUGAAAAAUCUCUCAUCGUGGAGCAGACUCCCUCAUGUAAGGUCUUUAUUGGAUCCAGAUACGAUCAACACGGCAUUGAUCGAAUUAUCCAUGAAUCCAAAGAAAGAGAAGCGACGAGUAGGAGCAGUUGAGAUUCUCCUUAAAGAGUGUGAUCCUUACCUCGACUGCAGAGACUCAAAACACCAACGCACGCCUCUAAUUUGGGCUGUUUUAAACGGCCAUGAAUCUAUUAUCCAGCUUCUACUCGCCAAGAAUGCUAGGCUAGACGGAAGAGAUGGGAAAGUCUUGCGGACGCCUCUAGCCUGGGCAGCAGCGAAUGGCGCAUGGAGAGCUACCGAACUUCUCUUGAAACAUCCACAGUCUCAGCAGUUCCUCAAUGCGAAAGACAAAAGUGGGAGAACCGCUCUUGAUCUCGCAGAAGCUGGCAAAUAUCUGAAAACGAAGGACAUGCUCCUUCGCCAUGGAGCGCAACCUGGGAUCAACAGCGACUCACCCCUACCUCUAUUUGUCGAGCUAGAAGGCUGA